CCAGCCCUCUUCCACAGUCACUCACGUUUCAGCAUGUGCACGUCCUGAACGAGGUUUCGGUCGAAGGCAGUGAGGACUGAGAGUUAAUUUUCUACCCACUGAGACGCUCAAAAGCUGCAGAAAAGUUUUAAAACAAAGCACCAUGGCUGGACUCAAGUACUUGAGUGGUUUCGGGAAUGAAUUCUCUUCUGAAGACCCACGAUGUCCUGGAUCCUUACCUGAAGGACAGAACAAUCCUCAGGUCUGCCCAUAUGGCCUCUAUGCUGAGCAGCUUUCUGGCUCCGCCUUCACCUGCCCACGAUCGACCAAUAAGAGGAGCUGGUUGUACCGAAUCCUUCCAUCUGUCAAACACAAACCGUUUAAACCAAUGCCAUGUGGGGACCUAACAGAGAACUGGGAUGAAGUGGAGCCUGACCCAAACCAGCUGCGAUGGCUGCCCUUCACCAUCCUGAAGUCCACAGACAAGAAGGUGGAUUUUGUGGCUGGUCUUCACACCAUCUGUGGUGCAGGAAAUUCCAAAUCUCGCAAUGGUAUUGGGAUCCACGUGUUCACCUGCAACACCUCCAUGGUUGACAAGUGCUUCAAUAACUCGGACGGAGACUUUCUGAUCGUCCCACAGCAGGGUGACAUCUUGAUCACCACGGAGUUUGGGAAGAUGAUGGUUGAGCCGAACGAGAUCUGUGUCAUCCAGCAAGGGAUGCGCUUCAGCGUGGAUGUGUUUGGAGAAACCCGAGGGUACAUUCUAGAAGUGUACGGAGCCCAUUUCGAGCUCCCUGACCUGGGACCUAUAGGAGCAAACGGUCUGGCCAAUCCCGGAGAUUUCCUGUGUCCGGUUGCGUGGUUUGAGGAUCGCACAGUGCCCUCUGGCUACACAAUCAUCAACAAGUACCAAGGGAAACUGUUUGCCUGCCAACAGGAUUUCUCCCCGUUCAAUGUGGUUGCUUGGCAUGGCAACUACACACCUUACAAGUACAACCUGAAGCACUUCAUGGUCAUCAACUGUGUGGCCUUCGACCAUGCGGAUCCAUCCAUAUUUACUGUGCUGACUGCCAAGUCCACCAAACCUGGGGUGGCCAUUGCUGAUUUUGUCAUCUUCCCACCACGAUGGGGUGUGGCUGACCACACCUUCCGUCCACCUUACUACCACCGGAACUGCAUGAGUGAAUUCAUGGGUCUGAUCAAAGGCCACUAUGAAGCCAAAGAGGAGGGUUUCCAGCCUGGAGGAGGCAGCCUCCACAGCAUCAUGACCCCACACGGUCCCGAUGGCGACUGCUUCCAGAAGAACAGCACGGCUGAGCUCAAACCUGAGAGGGUGGCUGAGGGAACCAUGGCUUUCAUGUUUGAGUCAUCCUUCAGCAUGGCUGUCACUAAGUGGGGUCUCGAAACAUGUCAGAGACUGGACAAGACCUACUACCAGUGCUGGGAAUCUCUGCGCAGCAACUUCAACCCCAACUGGAAGCCCAGCAAACAGUGAAGCAGUGCUUUUUGAAGACAUUUGAGAGAAAAUAAAAUUCUGAAUUACUAAAAA